AUGUUGAUUUUUAAUGAUGCGGAGUUCUGCCUCUAUGCUGAUGAUCUCAAAAUCUUUAAGGAGAUUAAUGAGCCACUUGACACACAAAUUCUACAAUCAAACAUCGACAAGCUUAUAACUUACGCACAGACGAACAAUCUGACACUCAACGCAAAAAAAUGCAUCGUAACGAGCUUCUCGAGGAAACAAUCAAGCUUAAUUUGCGCUCAGUAUCAUAUUGAAGGUGAAGAACUGGAAAGAAAAAUUUCAACUCGCGACUUAGGAGUCAUUUAUGAUCACAAGUUAAAUUUUAAUGAUCACAUUAGCUACAUCUCUGGAAAGGCAAGGAAAAUGUUAGGGUUUAUUAUAAGAAAUGGAAAAUACUUCAAAGAUGCAAAUACUUUUAUCACUCUUUAUAAUAGCCUUGUAAGAAGCAACAUAGAAUAUGCAUCGGUAAUAUGGAAUCCUCAUACACAACUUCAAACAAACAAACUAGAAAGUAUCCAACAUAAAUUCCUACGUUUUCUUGCUUUUAAAUGUCUUAACAAGAAAGAUGAUUCACUUAAUUAUAGUGAAAUUGAGAAACGGUUCAAGAUGGACAAUCUGGAGUUAAGAAGAAAAAUUGCUGAUGUGAAGUUCACAACAAAAUCUUUCAAUAACAUUAUGGACUCACAAUCAUAUCUACAUCACUUUAAAUUCUCACCACUCAACUCAAUAACAAGAAAAAAUGACGUUUUUAAAACGACAGGAAGUAAAACGGAUGUCGGGAAAUUCUCUCUUUUCAACAGACUGAUGAACACAUUCAACAAAUUACAAAACAACGACAAUUGGCUAAGAAAUCAACCAAAUGAUAAUUCAAUCAAAUACGUCAGUCGAUUAUCAACCCAAGAAUCAUCACAAGCCAAUAAUUUAGCAUAG